UAUUUCCCAUUCACCACUUCUUCUCUCCUGCUCCUCCUCCUCUCUGCUAACUCCCAUUCUCUGUCCUCAUCUCUGGAGUUACUCAAUGCCGAACCUUCAAAAAAAAAGAGAAAGAAAAGAAGAAGAAAAAAAAACCUCACCAAAGACAAGGAGUCCAGGAGGGGGCUUUCAAAUGAAUUCCUUCCCCCUCCCUCCCUUCCUUGUGUUUUACAACUCUGUGUCCUCCCUGCUCAGGAGAUCAGACCAGAAAGACACACACAAGAGAAGUGGAGGCGAAUUUUCUCUGUGUGUGUGUGUGUCUAGAUGUAUUUUUCUCCAAGGCUGAAGAUGGCAUUAGGAUCUUGAAGAAAAAAACAACACACACACACACAAAACAACCAACUUUCCAGUUCUGGCAUGAAAAAUCCAGGCGGGGUGGGGGUGAAAAAUCCAUAAAACUUUAUCUAGCCUAGGGCUGGCAGAUGGGGGGCAAAGUCUUUGGGAGCCUCUUGAUUUGUGUGUGUGUGUGUGUGUGAAUCUCAAGAAGAAAACACAGAGGAGGAGUAAAAACAUUCCUUUUCCUUUGCAGUCAUGGCAUUGAGGACUUCAUUGCUCGGACUCUCUAUAGGGUUACUGUUUUCCUUGCUGGAACUGUGGGUUAUAUCAGCUGUGAGCCUGGAGCCUAUAUACUGGAAUACAGCAAAUAAAAAGUUCCAGGCGGCGGGCGGCUACGUCCUGUACCCGCAGAUCGGCGACCGGCUGGACCUGAUCUGCCCGCGGUCCCGCCCGCCAGGCCCCUUCUCAGCGGAGGAGUAUGAAUAUUACAAGCUGUACUUGGUGCUGGGCGAGCAGGCCCGGGCAUGCGAGAUCCUGCGGGCCCCCAACCUGCUGCUGACGUGCGACCGGCCCGAGCACGACGUGCGAUUCACCAUCAAGUUCCAGGAAUUCAGCCCCAACCUCUGGGGCCACGAAUUCAAGAGCAACCAGGACUACUACAUCAUCAGGCGAGGGGUCCCCGUGUCACCAACCGCCCCGCCCCAGAGGUUGGCGUAUCUCAGCACCGGGCGAGGGGUCCCCGUGUAA